AUGCCAGCUUCCGAUCUAGAUACAGACACUCAAAUUGAGACAUCCUCGUCUGCUCUCAUCAAGAAUAUCAUUGAAGACCUCUUUUCAUACAGCACGGUCCGCUGGAGACGCAUAUUGGAGUACUACUAUUUUGAAGAUGCCACCUUAACAUCACCCAUCAUGUCCACUGAAGGCAUUGAUAAUAUCCAAUAUGUAUAUACCGUAUGGCAGGCACUGAAUCGCAAGGCACCCACUAUCAACAAUAUAGUGUUUGACGGCCGUACAGCGGUGGUGCAUAUCACACAAAACCUAUCACCGAGCAUGUUUCCAUCAUUUAUUCAGCUCCAAGUGCCGGCCAUUACCACGCUUCAUUUUCGAGAGACGGAGGCUGAUAGCGGCUUGCUAAAGAUUUAUCGUCAAGAGGAUAGUUGGACAUUGGAAGGCCUUAUCCAAUCGAUGCCUCUCAUGUCCUUUUGGUACAACGACGUUCUUCGGGUCGUCAUGGGCAAACUGGUAACAGCGACGGGCGAUUUAUUGGAUGCAGCAUUACGUCAUGCACACAAAAUGUCGAUGCGUGGACGAGAAAUUCAACGCAGAAGUCGUGAUUUGGCAAUCGAGAACAUGGAAAAGUUGGAUGAAUACAGAGCCAAUCUACAUGAAAACUACCUCGAAGGCAUCCGUGGUUGGCAUCAUCAAUACCAAAUGGGGGAUCAUGAUGAUUAUUUACUCGAAGAUGAUUUUCGACCUGUCAAGGAAAGCCGUAAUGGCAACAACGACUUUUAUGAUUGA